CUUGGUAUUGCCCUUAUACUGCGAGAGAGAGAGAGAGAGAGAGUGAGUGAGUGAGAGUGAAAGGAAUCUUCAAAACGUAGCGAUUGGAGAGAAAGAGAGCGAUAUCGGUUCUGGGUUUUGCUAAAAGAUCUCUCUUUCUCUCCGUUGUUUGAUCAACUGAAUCCAGGGGGAGACACUAUAAAGGUUUAGGAGAUUUCACUGAGUAGGAAUCGUUCCUUGGUUUGAUUUUGUGAUCAGGCGUUGACUUAAUUUCGCGGUGGUUCUUUGAAUUGACGGCGGAAGAUAACGAAGAAAAUGGGUAAAUCUGAUGAGAAUAGCCUUGGAUUAGUUGGAUCAAUGAAUCUCCAAGGCGGAGGAGGAAAGACCAUGCCGGCGGCGAAUACAGGGCCGACCAGGAGAGCUCUCAGUACCAUUAACAAGAACAUCAUUGAAGCUCCGUCUUACCCUUAUGCUGUCAACAAUAAGAGGUCACUUUCCGAAAGGAAUGCCAUCUGUAACAAACCACCUCUGCAUCGGCCAAUCACUAGGAAGUUUGCUGCUCAAUUAGCGGAUAAUAAGCCACAAAUCCAGGAGGAGGAAACUAAGAAAUCAGACUCGGUUCCAAGUGAAGAAGUAGAGAGAAUUAUCAUCGAUGUGGAUGAUAAGGAAGAAGUAGACGACUUUAAUAAGCCAAUGUUUGUGCAACACACUGAAGCAAUGAUGGAGGAAAUUGACCAGAUGGAGGAGGAGAUUGAAAUGGAAGAUGCAUAUGAAAAAGAAGAGCGAGUGAUCAAUAUUGACGCUUGCGAUGAGAAGAAUCCGCUAGCCGAAGUUGAAUAUAUCGGUGAUAUACACAACUUUUACAAGAAAGUUGAGGAACAUAGUUGCGUGCCUCCUAACUAUAUGGACAAUCAGCAAGAUCUUAAUGAGAGGAUGAGAGGAAUCCUCAUUGACUGGUUGAUUGAGGUGCACUACAAGUUUGAACUGAUGGAGGAAACUCUUUAUCUCACAAUCAAUGUCAUCGAUAGAUUCCUUGCCGUUCAUCAAAUCGUGAGGAAAAAGCUUCAGCUUGUUGGUGUCACUGCUUUGUUACUAGCUUGUAAAUACGAAGAGGUCUCAGUUCCAGUGGUAGAUGAUCUCAUCUUGAUCUCUGACAAAGCUUAUACUAGAAGAGAAGUACUAGAUAUGGAGAAGCUCAUUGCCAACACCUUGCAAUUCAAUUUCUCUUUGCCUACUCCGUACGUGUUCAUGAGACGGUUUCUCAAAGCUGCCCAAUCUGACAAAAAGCUUGAGGUUUUAUCGUUUUUUAUCAUCGAGCUUUGCCUCGUGGAGUACGAGAUAUUGGAGUAUCCUCCGUCCAAGCUAGCAGCCUCGGCAAUCUACACUGCUCAGUGUACACUUAAUGGAUUUGAGCAAUGGAGCAAGACCUGUGAGUUUCACACAGGGUACAAGGAAGAACAGCUACUGGAAUGCGCAAGAAAGAUGGUUGCUUUCCAUCACAAGGCAGGAACAGGGAAGCUGACAGGAGUUCACAGGAAGUACAACACAUCAAAGUUCUCUUAUGCUGCAAGGACUGAACCAGCUGGGUUUUUGCUUUAAUGGAGGAAAAAACUGUAAUAAGAUCAGAAGUGCCGUCCAUAAAUAUUUGGUGGCCUAGAGUUAUAUGAAAAAAAAGAGCCUUUGGAUAUUUUCAAAAACUUUAACUUUUGGUUUCAUUUUUGCAACACUUUUUUUCUAUGAAUGUAUCUUGUUUCAUAUAGAAAAAAAAAAAGAAUUUGUUGAU